CUUGCUUUUAAGCAGAAGCGAUUAAUCUCUAAAAUUUGUUUCCUUCAUCAGGAGUUCAAGGUGUUCCUUCUGUGUUUUGCGGUCCUUGUUGUUGCCACAUCUGCAGCGUCUGUAUGUAAAUGUGAAGACAAAAAGGUACAAUUUAAAGUUGUGUCCUUUAAUUGGAGUACUUAAAUAUAACUGUUAUACAUUUACUGGCUUUCAGUUUACGCCAGUUAUUCCUCGUGUAGUCCGCAUUUUCUGGAACUCUCCGUAAAAAUGUCGAGACAUUUGGUACAAAAAAGGAGUGGAAAAGUUAUUAGUCAAUGUGAAAAAUUAUACAAAUUCAAGAAACUUGGUUUUGUACAAUUAAAGGCCAACUGAUGUCUCUCUUAUGUUGCAGCAAAGCGUGUCCAAAUACAAGGUAAAAGUAAAGAAUGGAGAUAAAGAGUUUGAAGAAGAAGUUGAAAUCGACACUGAGAAACAAACAGAAACCUAUCGCAUCCCAAAGACAGAUUCUGGGAACGCGGGAGAAGUCGAUGUUGUUUACGACUUUAAGAAGGUAAAAUACUUUGGUCAAGGCAAAGUGGGUGUGAAAUUUAAUGAUCUUGAUUGAAAGUUUUCUCAACUCGAUUUUAAUUAUUCGCAUUAUUGCUUACAUACUCUCUCGCUCAGCCAAAUAUCUGUCUAUAUCGGUGUUGUAAUCUGACUUUACACCUGUUCGUUUUAUUCAUUGUUUCCUUUAAACUUUAUUGUGAAUUAUGAUAUCACAACAACAUUGCUUAUGUUUUCCUUUUGUUGUAGAACUUGACCAUGCAACGACUGUCGGCUGCAAAAGCCUGUUUUCUGAGUGAAUUCGCUGAAAAUAUGCCCAAGCCUAGUGACCUCGUCAAGUUACUUGACCAGGUAAUUCAAGUGAGAUUCUUUUUCAUUGGGAUAUUUAGGUCGCUACGGUGUUUUAAUAGGAAAUAGAAGUGAAGUUUAAGGUGGUAAAUUUGAAUGUCGUUACGAAAAUGCCAAUGAUUAAGUUUUCAAUUAGUUUUGAAAAUAUUUCGACAAGCUUGUGUUAAGCCCCACUUAACGAGCAUAGCAAGCCUAGAAAACCUUUUUUUAUUUUUCAUAAACUUAUUGGAUGGCCGGGAAGUCCUACCCCCUUACCAACGUUCCCCCUUACCAAGUUUCUGAGUUUUCGAGUUGCAGGAAUUUUUCUUUAAAAUAAGGGCUUUUUAAUACAGGCGAUUAAACAUUCGAAAACAGGGCAAGUUAAUGUUUAAAGUGGACUGCUUUCGUUUAGUAUACACUGAACUUCUCCUGUGCGUGAAGGUUACUAAAGGCGUUUUAGGCUUAUCUUAUUCUUGUUACUCUUUCCAAAAGAGCGCCCCAACGACAACAGCUAGAAAUGAGACGAACAAUGAAUACGAGGUCGUUUCGACUGUCACUGACCGCUCGGACCUGAGUGAUGAAAUGGCUUCUAUGUGUGCCAAGCUGCCCAUUUAUCGCGUCAAAAAGACAACGCCGUUGUCCAUA